CCAACGCCAACAGCACAGAAUCUACACAACAAAACCUGUAGCCCCCUCCCCACCCAACACUCUCCGUCGCCCCAAUUUUCCGGCGCAUAUUCCGACAAACUCCGGCGAUCAAUAAUUCGAGUUGUAUAGAUGGUGAGAGAGUGAGGGCCUGUCAUCUGAGGUCUUACUCACCAUGUCAUUGUCUUGCUCCGACUGCCUUUCCGAUCUUCUCUGUGAAGAGGACUCAACUACUGUUCUUUCCGGAGUGGGAGACGACUUGCCGGAAUAUUCGUCGGACAUCGAAUCUCGCCAGCCGGACUUCGAGGACUCCAUCGCCGGACUUUUAGCAGAUGAGAGAGAUCUCGCCGCCAUUAUUUAUCGACCCUCUCACGAACCGAUUGACGCAUCUGCCAGAGCUCAAUCUGUUGCAUGGAUUCUCAAGGUGCAACGUUAUUACAGUUUUCAGCCACUAACGGCGUACCUCUCCGUCAACUACUUUGACCGUUUCUUGUGCUCCCAUCACUUGUCGGAUAUGAAGGGAUGGCCAUUGCAACUAUUAUCAGUUGCUUGUUUAUCAUUGGCUGCUAAGAUGGAGGAACCUCUGGUUCCUUCCCUUUUGGAUCUUCAGGUUGAAGGUGCAAAAUUUAUUUUUGAGGCAAAAAAUAUCCAGAGAAUGGAGCUUCUUGUGCUGAGGGUCCUUGAUUGGAGACUUAGAUGGAUAGCUCCAUUUUGCUACCUCAGCUUUUUCGCGCUCAAAAUUGAUCCGAGUGGGACUUAUACCGGAUUUCUUAUAUCCAGGGCAAGAGAUAUUAUUCUCUCUACUAUCCAAGAGACGAGCUUGGUUGAGUAUAGGCCAUCGUGCAUAGCUGCUGCGGCCAUACUCUGCGCAGCAAAUGAUUUGCCCAAUUUCUCUUCAAUCACAGCUCAACACGCUGAAUCAUGGAGUCAUGGACUUCACAAAGACAAUAUAAUGAUAUGCUACCGUUUGAUUCGGAAAUUUGCAAUGACAAAUAGGGCAAAGAAGCAAACAAAAGUUCUGCCACAGGUCCGAGUCAUGGCUCAGCCGAGUCUAAUCUCGAGUGACUCGUCAUCAUCAUCAUCAUCAUUAGGCUCUUCAUCCCCUUCACCUUCUAAUAAAAGGAGGAAAUUAAAUAACUACUAUUGGGCAGAUGAUGACAAGACAAGCUCUGAAUUCUGAUAAUUAAUUAAGGUGGGGUUGUGGGUGUUGAAAAUAAAAUUUAGGAAAAAUGAAUAAAUAACUAAACAAAAUAAUAAUAAUAAUAAUAAUU